UUUUGUAGCAAGGUGCUUCUUGUAGAGAAGCGUCUAGAUACGACAAAUCUGCACAGAGCCAGCCUGUUGAAUAUAGUUAGCUAGCUCGCUUAUUUAGGGUAAAAGAGGACAUAUCAUUUUAAAUACAUGACAAGUAACGUUAAACUUUCUUAAUGCCAUUUGACUGAAGAAAUACUGUUGUUGAAUCCAACUGUUCGCCUAAACAGAGACAUUAAGCUAGCUAGUAAAGCAAAGGUCACAAAACCUUGUUUCACUAUGUUGAAACUGAGCUUCAGAAGGGAGAAAGACAAGGAGUUUAAGCAUAUAGCUCAUGGUUUGAUCCCUGCCGCCUCCAUUGCUCCCAAGCCUGCUGUGCCUCGUACCCCGCCCCCACGCAGCCCAGACCCCUCACCUGAGAGACCCAGAUCCGCCUUAGCAGCAGCCAUCUUGUCUUCUUCGCUCACUGGACAGACAUGGGCCAUCCCCCCUGUCUGGCCAAGGUCUUUGUCUGAGAGUGGCCAAUCAGAGUCCUUCAUAUCUGAACCAAACAUCAGCACCGAACUUUUCCUCAGAGAUAGAUGGUCAGAAGAUGCGGCUAGCCGACCACGCCUGUCCUCCCCUGACCACUCAGAGGAGGAGUUAGAAGACAAGGAAGAAGAGGAGGUGGAGAGUGAAGAGGACAGGGAAGAACAUGUUUACCACACUCUUGGCAGACCGGAGAAUUGUUCAAUCACAGAACCUGUCUACUCCCUGCCACUAAAAGCUAAGACCAGUACACCCCAUCUGAAUCAGAUGUCUGGCAAAAGAGGGCCUUCUCCAGAUUUCCCUGAGGAAACCAGUGUCCAGUCUCCUGAAGCCAUCGGUGCUUCUUCCAAGAAGAAAGCCUCUGUCAGGAAAAGCCGUGGAAGUUGGAGAGAAGAUGUACAAUCCCAACUAUCCAUCCUAACCACCGAUCAACCCAGCCAAGCCAAAAACCCUAAACAACCCACCCAACUGUCUCCAGAGCCCAGCAGGGCAUGCAGUGAGGCGCAGAGGGACGUAUUGUGGGCCCCGCCAGAGAAGAGUACAAGGAUGGUAGAUGAACAAAAGUUACUGGAGGAGAGACUGCAACGGCUUGAACAGGAGAUCAGUCACAGCCAAGCCUCCUCAAACCUGAGGUUAUCUGCAGGCAGCCAGGCAGAGCUACUGAAUUUGAGGCAACAUGCUCAGGAGCUAGUGGAUGAAAAUGAUGCCCUCAAAUUGACAGUGCACCGUCUGAAUGUGGAGCUGAGCCGCUACCAAACCCACUUCAGACCACUGUCCAAACAGGAGAGCUCCAAAGUCAAUGGCUUACCAAAGACGGGGUCUCCUCCUCCCUGGCUGCUUGACAUGAAGUAUUUAUCUCCUUUGUUGCUGGCCUAUGAAGACAGGAUGAACGAGAAAGAUGCACUUCUGCAAACCACUGAGGAAGAGGUGAAGAGAUUGCGUGUUCAUGUAGAGGAGGUGAUCAAAGAAAAUGAGACACUCCAUGAUGAAAUCGCAAAGGCCGGAGGCAUCAGCCAAAAGAACUGUCAUCAACUACAACAACAGGCCCUUCUGGUUUUGCAGGAGAACCAGGUCCUGAUUGAUCAGCUUGAGGCUCAGCAUGUUAGGGCCAAGGCCAGCCACAGCAGACACUAUUCUGAAGUUUCCAAGCUGUCUAAGCAACUGAUGUUGUUAGAGGCGGAAAAGCAGCGUUUGCUGGAGGACCUGGAAGAGAGCAGGACAGAGGUGCAGAAGAAUAAGAGGGAGUUACGUCUGCAGGCCCACCUGAAGGAUGCCAUCACCUGGGACGAACACUGCAAUGUUUCUGGGAAACUCAGACGGCAACUGGAACAGCAGGAGAGUAAGAAUAAGAGUGAGAAGGAAGAGUUGCUUCUCAGACUGUCCAGCCUGCAAGAGGAGAAUAGGAGUCUAGCUCUGGAAAAAGCCAAUCUGGCGGCUGAUAUAAGGAGAAUGGAGGCUGAGCAGGAGCUCGCCAAACAAGCCAACAGGAAGGCUGAGAGGAGGAUGAGUGUAUUGAAGAGACAGAAGGAGGAGUGUUUGCUGAAAGAGGAAAAAACUCGGCAUUACAUGGGAGCUGUGAUUUCAGUGGCGGAGCACAUUUCCCAGGAGAGAGACCAACUAAUACAGAUGGCUUCAGUUCUUCAGCAGGAAAAGCAGGGAUUCGUCAGCAGGAUUCUAAAUGGCACGGUUCAAUUCGGAAAACUACAGGAAGCAGUCAAAGUGUACCGAAAGCAGGCGUCAACCAGACUGGCAGUGUUGGAGGAGGCAGCGGAGGGGAGGACAGCUUCUUACCAGAGGGAGAUUCUUCACCUGCAGAGGCUGCUACGAGAAAGACAGGAGGCUGAGGAGAGACUGCUGCAAUCCAAACGGGAAGUAGAGGAAGAGUUGGAGGUGGUGUGGCAGGCAGCAACCAGGGAGAACCAGCAGAUGAGGGAGACUCUUUUGGACUCAGGGCUCAGUGCGAACCUCCACAGUCGGGUCGUUGCUCGCCCUGCCUCUCCUGGCUGGCUUUCUUAGGCUCCAGUAUCCCAUCAGCAUUAACCACACAGCUCUGGCCUCUCUUCUUCACCUCUCAUCAAAGCCCUGGGCUCCAGAGAAGGUCCAUAAUUAAAUCUGACUCAGAUAACCAAAGCAACUACUUGGAGGUGAAGCUUAAGCAUUGGCUGGAUUUCUAUUGAGCUCUUUAUCCAAAAACCAUAGGUGUUUUAACUCAUAAUGGAAAGAUAGACUGGGUACAUUAGUUACAGUCCUAGACAUGUCAGCUUACAGGCAUCUGCCAGAUUGACUUUGUAAUGCAGAUAAAACUUUAAACUAACAAACUCAUAUUUGUAUGUAACUUUAAGUCUCAUUUGUACAACGAAGGGGAAGCAAUAGUAGUCUGGGUAAAUUCACUUCUUACUUUUUUUCCGGUAAGGUAAACUUGGUUUGGACAAAAGGAAUUCAGUAAAACAUAUAAACCAUUGGAGU